GCUCAGCAGCAUCGCAUUCAGCGAUCCCUCGUGCCACGACCUCUCGCUCCCGGUCAACCCGACACCCAACGGCAGUACAGCGAUCUAGCACAGAGGAGCUGGCAGCAGAGAUUGCCACCAAGCUGGUCAUUUCUGACGAUGUCGGGAAAGGCAAGAAGAAGGCGACAUCACCACCACGCUCGCUGGAAGACCGCCGGACGGAGGCUAUGAGUGUGGUGAACAGCGUGUCGAAAGCGUUAUCUGCAAUGCUCGACAAGGACAAUGCGUCUCGGGCAAACAAGGACGCUGAUGUGGAGAGCUUGGUGGCUUCUGCGAGAGAUGCACUGAAGACUCUGAGAGAGGCGACUCCGGGUGACGUGGACACGGAACGUGCGGCAUCGAGUGUGGCUGGGAAGCUGGUAUCGCUAAACAAGGUUAAGCUUGCACGGCAAGUCCUUGAGGAUAUGUACUCAGCCCUCAUUGCGUUAUACAAGCCCACAUACAAAUCUUCCCGGACAGAGCCGGAAUGUUUCCUCCUAUUGCUACCUCUCCCCUCUGGAGACAAGCCCCCCGCCGAGGUGAUCCUCACGCUCAUCGCCACGUUCCUCCUCCAUGUACUUACCGUCUAUUGCUGUCGACCGGCCGACAUACCUGCUCUGCUCUCUAUUCUUGGAGACGACUCGAAGCCGUCUCUGUUCUCUUGGGUUUCCGCUUUCACUCAUCUCCACGCGAAGCAUCAUGACGCCCUCUUCACUCGCGCAUAUUCCGCCCUUUCGCGGGCUGUUCAUGCACCUGGUGUCUCUGCUCUGAAUUCAUUGACUUUGCGCAAGUUUGCGCUGAGGUGCCUUGCAUAUACCCGUCCUGGAGUCGUCACGCCGGACAUGUAUUGGGAUCAUGCCGUCAGGUGGGGAAAGACGUACGCUGUGGAGGAAAGCCGGCCUGAAGACGCGAUUGCAAGAACUGUUCUGACGCUAUAUGUCGAUCUCGCGUAUUACGUGCAGCGGCGCGAGGAUCAGGCCAAGUGGUUGAGAAUGGACGGCUUUUCUAGAUUUUGCGAGAGUUGGAUUCAGUGGGCGAGCCGGGCAGGCAAUAUUGACGUCUUGGAUAGUCUCACAUCUCUGUUGCGCGGAGAUCGACUGAAAGCAAGUCCGCGUGCGUCCCCGUUUUCAAGGGCUGGCUCGGACGCAUUCCAAUGUGGAUGCACAAGAAACGGGCGCGCAUGUGAUGAUCACCCAGAAUGUGAGCAAGUACAAAUGUCCUUGCUGUGUUCAGCAUUCGCUUGUGCGACUAUCAUCCUCGAACAUCCGAACAGAAUCCAAAGCGGAGAUCGAGGCUCCCGUGUUGAGACUGCCGUCUCAGCUGUCCAAUAUGCUGAGAGUUUCCUCGCAGCAAACAGCAACAGCGACUCGACAGAACUUGACAGCAGUACUGCCGGUAGUACCGCAAGAGACAGUGUGCGGCGAUCACUCGAACGGCUGCGUCGAGUUGCGGUCAAAGUGUUGGAGCAGUCAUCCCAUGAAGAGUCGCAGCAUUCUUCCACUGUUUCUGAUUCUCGGAAAGGGGCAUUCACAAUCUUGAAAUCGAUCAUUGAUGCCUACUCACGCAUUAUUAUGAAGACCAAAUCUGAGAAAAGCAGGAGACAUGGGUCGACCAAAACCGAUAUCGAGCUUCUCACUCCCACUCUUAACACGCUCUUCACUCUCGCUCCUGGCGGGCUUGUAAUGCGUGAUAUGGACUCGUAUCAACGAGUAUGGGAGAUGCUCGAGCGCGCGAAGGAGCUGGUGUUCCACCACCUUCCUGACGUCAACGCGAGCAAUUCUGCACAGGCAGAAAGUUUCAAGGAGGGAGAUCCUUCUAUAGCCAACUCUAUCCGCUGUAUAGCAGGGGCUUUCCACAACGUUGCAGGCGUCCUAUACCACGCUGACCGAUUCUCCCAUGCUGUGCGUUUCCUCAUCGAGAGCUGUGAACUGGGUCGGAUGGCUCUUCGCAUGCACUACUCCUCACGGAGCUCGAAAGUCGGAGAAGAUGGUGACGAUGAAGUCUGGGCACAGCUGGAGGAACAGCUGUGGCGCCGCUGGGAGCUCCUUGGUGUUUGUCAAGCCAAAACAGGAGAUCGGAAGCUUGCAUAUCAAGCAUUCAUCGACUGUAUCAAGGAUUUCCCGUUCGGUCGAACAUCCCUGCAGGAAGACAUCCAGUCCACCUCCGUGCUAUCUGUUUUCGAACAGUCUCCCAUGGUCAAGCGACUGGGGGAGCUCAUCGACCGCGUGACAUACAGGUCCAUCUGCGACUUCUUCAUGGACCCUCGUGCAUUUUCUGCACGGAUGUGGUUUGCCAACGGCCCACUUCACUCUGUUUUGUCGGCAGGUCUGGAAGAGACGAAUUGUAUCGUCGGCGCGCUGCUCGAACGUCAAGCGGCUGGAUUGGGCAAGAUCCGGUGGAAAGAGGGAGUCAGCUGGGCGAUUGCAGAGCUGCUGAAAGAUGCUCUGGCGCUCUACGUCCCGCAUGAACAUCCUAUACGGAGGGCUCGAGUACUCAUCAGCCUCCUUGAGACGGGAUAUUAUGUUGACGGUGAAGACAAGCGAAGGAGGACGUUGGGAUCGACCACGGAAGAAAUUGGACAAGAAGUCCAAUCUCUUCUGCUUGAUAUGGCAGCGAGUUCCGACUCCGGCCUUUCACCUUGUCGCUCCGGAUAUCUCGUUACGCUACAUUUGUGGCUUGCGUUUCAUGCGCAUAGAGACAGCCAACAAGACAGAGGACAUCUGGCGGCAGUUGUGAGCCACGCGCAGGAGGCUUGCAAGAUCCUCAAGAAGCUCCUCUCUAAAGGGCCGAGGCCAUCGCUUAUGAAACGAUCUCCGGAGGUUGCGAAGCUAAAGCGGAGAACAGCCACCGAAGGCCGCUCCUCCGUUAAGAGUGCACGAGGUGCGACUAGUCGCACUCAACGGCGAAGCAGACUCCCGAUGGCGAAAGCGGGAAACAGCGUAAGAGAAGACGUACCUGUAACACCAAAGGCCCGUUCAGCUUUGGAUGAUCAGCUGGCUAAAGCUACGUAUGUCACACCGCCACGACAUGCAACCCUUGGCAAGGCUCGUGAAGUCGCCUUUGACGAUAAAUCCAAACUCAUUAGCCUAAUGCGUACAGCGGCACAGUUGCUUGGCCUGCUUGGCCAGAUUUUAGUGAAGGUUCAAUUGCUGAACACUGCACGGAGAGUCUGUGAAGAAUACAUUGGCCGCUAUUCUCCAGAGUAUGUAACGAUUGCUCUGGAACUGGCACAUGACUACGUCGAGCUUGGGAAGGCCGAUAAAGCAGCCACAAUUCACAACUCCAUCAGUGUUGUUGCCUCCACUAUCGAACUUAACGCGGAACUUCGCAUCCUCCUCUACCUGAGGUAUGCUGAGGCGCUUGCAGCUUCAGGGAAUGUCUCGAAAGCCUGUGUAAUGUAUUCCGAGGCCACGGCGCUCGCAAAGACUACCUCCGAUGACGAGAAAGGCCUACCCAUUGCGGAAAGAAUCCGACUGCGCGCAGCAGCUCUAGAGAGAUCUGCUAUUGCUUCUCGUGCGUUUGCUAUGAUUCAGCAUGCAAGGGACGAUCCUUCGGCGUCAAUCUCUGGUCUUGUUCAAUCGUUGAGAUUGUGGAACAGAGCAAUCGACACUGUAUCGCGAUUGCGUCCAUCCACACCUCAAAAGUCCAGUGUGGAAGCUGACGACAAUCCAUUCGAAGUCAAAGAGGACAAUCCCAAACAGGCUCAGCGUCCCUCAGACAGCCCCUUGGGGGAACAACAGGCACACCGUCAACCCUACCACAGCAAGGCUUUCAUGGACGGUUUGGAAUGGCGGCUUUCCGAGAGUUUGCUCGAGACCUUCUUCGCGUUGGCUCGAGCAUAUACUGCUCGGGGCUCUCCUAGGGAGGCGGAGUGUUUCGUGCAACAGGCGAGCGAACUAGCAAGAGCACUGAAUGCACCCGCUAUGAUGAGUCGGGCUUUGGCUCGCCGAGGAGAGAUGCUGUUGCACCUUGGCAAUCUUGAAGAAGGCUAUGAUGUUAUAAUGGAAGCAGCCGAUCUUGUUGCAGAUGUUACAGGUCCCGAUAUGGCUGAUAUUCACCGUCUGCGUGGAGAAUAUAGUCAGCGUAUGAAGCAGGAAGAUGCGGAACAGCUGUACGCGGAUGCUAUCUCUAUGCUUGAUGACCUCGGCAAGACGUUCUCUGCGCUUGACGGCGUUGCCAGUGCACGCAAUUCCCUGGGUGGCUCGCCUGGAGUUCGGCCAAAAGAGCAGGCUUUGGCGCCUGCAAUUUUGGCGGCAGCCUUGCGGCAGCAUAUUUCUCUCUUGCGAGACGCCGGUGACGAUUAUGAUGCUUUACUCAAACGACUUGCCUCAUUGCCAUUGACUGCGGAAACCAAGGCUGAAAAGACCGUGCUUAAUGCGAGAUUGACGUUGGACGACGUGUAUUCUCAAUUCCGCGCUGACAUAUUGCUGAGUUCACUCGCAGAAUCAGCACUCAUAAUUCCCAUUGCGGUUUCUGCCCGGCAGCAGAUCGUCGCUGCGUCAUCUACGCAGGAAAUUCUAUACGUUCUGGCUACGGCUGAGACAUCAUUAUGGUCGGAUCUGAAGCUCAUAGCUAAUCGCGGAAGCGUACCUCAUGUGCGGGAUACCUCCACCUCUUUAGCUUUGAUCAGCGCUCUUCGAGCUUCACUUGGGAGUGCGGGCGAGAACGCUUCGGGCCUCAUUGUGAAACUGAUAGAUCGUUCCAUCGCAAUCACGCUACGACGGGAGAUCCUGGAGGCUAUACAGUACAAAUUAGCUGAUUCGGUCACAUCUGACGAUCGGCGCUGGAAUUUCAUGACACCCGACGGUACGCCGAUCCCAUAUUGCGAGCCUCAACGGCGCAUUAGGGCAAAUGUGUUCGACGAUUCGGAUGAGGAAGCCGACCUCUUCGCUCCAUCAGCCACAAUGAGGGACUACUGGGCUUCCAUCUAUGCUCAAUAUCAGCCCCAGUCUUCUGAAUCCUCUGCUGUUGCAGCACGGCAAGACUUCCCACUGCCAUCGAAUUGGACCGUUCUGCACAUCAGUGUCACGGACGAUAAAGCUAUCAUGUUCGUCACACGACAACGAGCACGAGAGGAACCUCUUGUCUUCUGUCUACCACUGGUUGGUCGAAGAGACAAUGAAGGAGACGAACAGUUGGCUUUCCGCGAUGCCAUGGAUGAGCUAAAGGACAUACUGCGGCGAAAUGACGAAGGCACUGGACAGGCUGGGGAUAUUCGUAAGGAUGACCGCAAAGCUCGGGCAGCAUGGUGGGCUCAAAGGUCUGCGCUCGAUAUCAGGCUCCGAAAUCUGCUGCAAAACAUCGAGUUCUGCUGGUUCGGCGCAUUCAAGACCAUCCUCAGCGCGGCGGUGUAUGAGCCUGCAGAAGACAUAGCAUCACUUAGAACCCGUAUCGAUCAGGUGCUUGCGACUUGCUUGAUUUCUAAAGGCAGAAAACAACAAGCACAUAUUCAAUUAAACGAUGCCUUGCUAAAAUGCUUCUCUGCUCUACCAGUCGACUGUCCCGAUGAGGAACUGGAGGAUCUUAUCUACUUUGUUUUGGAUCUCUACCAGUUCCAUGGCGUCCCCGUAGCCAUUGCGGAGGUCGAUAUCGACCAUGUUGUGAUUGAUCUUCGAUCCGUACUUAAAGAACAUGCGAUGAAGACGAAGGACCGUAGAAGGCCGGUCGAGGACAGCCAUACGUUCCUUAUUCUCGACAAGAAUGUGCAAGGCAUCCCUUGGGAGUCUCUGCCAACGCUUAGAGGACAAAGCGUCAGUCGAAUCCCGAACAUGGACUUCCUUAUGGACAGGAUUGAACUCGCACGCCGACAAUCAUCCACGCGGCCCAAUGCCCAGACGGACGGAGACGAAGUCCCUUUGCUUGAUAGAAUUACGAUCAAUCCUCGGAAGACAUUCUAUGUUUUGAAUCCGAGCGGGGACCUCAAAAGUACCGAAGGACGCUUCGUGGGGUGGCUGAAGGACAUGAAAGCCUUCGGCUGGCGUGGCGUGGUAGGGCGAUCUCCAAGCGAACAAGAAGUUGUGGACGCUUUGACAAGGAGCGAUCUUUUCAUAUACUUAGGCCAUGGUGGGGCGGAACAAUAUGUGCGCUCGUCGAGGUUACGGCACUUGCCUCGCUGUGCUGCGACGAUGCUCUGGGGUUGCUCCUCCGGUGCAUUGAGGGAUAUGGGUGAUUUCGACCGUAUCGGGACGCCAUAUAACUAUAUGCUGGCCGGAUGUCCGACUCUUGUCGCAAAUUUGUGGGACGUGACCGACCGAGACAUUGACAAGUUCUCACAAGCAGUGUUUGAGCAAUUAAAUUUGACCACCUCGACUGUGGAUCGGCCAAUGGCACACAAUUCAAGGCAAGGAACGUCGGUGGUGACCGCGAUUGCUCAAGCUCGCGAACGGUGUAAGUUGAAGUAUCUUACGGGCGCAGCUCCUGUCAUCUACGGUAUCCCCUUCUAUCUAUAGGGUAAUCAUAUUCUACGGGCUGCUAAUUGCUGUAUAAUAUGGACUGGUGGCGCUUAACGUAAUGGACUAUAGCGCGUUGUAUGAUGCUAUCUAAGAAUAAUCGCAUGUAUCAACGACGGGCGCAGCAAAUGAUGAGAUGAAG